AUGCCAAGAGCGGCUGUGAGAGUGCAGGGAGCGCGAAACCAGACCCAGUGGAAGAUCUCACGCGGAGAGCAUCGCCAGCAGCACCACCACCGCCAUAGCUACGACUCGCCGCCCGCCUACACGCCCGUCGACAUGCAGAACCAUGGCCAUUACCACGCCGACCACGACCCGGCACUGCCCAGCUACGAGAGCUACGAGAGCUACGACGGAAGCGGCUAUGGCUCUCCCGGCAGCAGUAGGACGAGCUCAGGUCAAUACGCCCAGUACAACAGUAAUCCUAAUCCCAAGCAACCCACCGCCCAGGUGAACGGUCACUACAACGAGUUCGACUUCCGCCAGUCCUUCAACGACCAGCAGCGCGCGCAUAAUAGCACCACCCAGCCACUCACGAAUGGCGGUCACUUUGAUGACUUCAAAUUCUCUGUUGACGACCAGGUCGCUAGCCACCACAUCAGCCUUAAUACCAACUUGCGCGAGCCCGGACAGGAUGUCGUCGGCCGGCAUCUGCUGUACGAGACCGCGCUGCUUGAUACGCAAUCUUUCGAGAUCCUGGACAUUAGCGAGGUGGACGAAUUGAAGAAAGAGCAUGUGCGCUUGAACCAGAGGAUAGACGCCGCGAGCAGAAAACUUGCGCUUGAGAGCAAACUCAAGGAUGCCGCACAGAAUAUUCAGCGGCUAUACUCUGGCAAGAAGGACGGCAGACCCGACACUCCCCAAAGUCCGGAAAGUCCGCGCAAAGGCAGAAACAGUCUGCUGGGGAAUAGAGGAAGAGCCAGCAGUGGUGGAGAAGGACUCCAUCAGGCGGAAGAUGAGUUGGCGCAAAGCAUCAAGAAGGUGGAUGACUUGAACGAACAGAUAAAGAGUCUUUUGGAUAGACGCCAGACUGUUGAAAGGAAGCUUCUACGACACACAGCUGCUGUACUCGCCGAGCAGGCGAAUCAGCCUCCGGAACUUCGAACCGAUGCGCUUUCGAGCAACCGCCAGGCGUACGACCGCGAUGAGCUACAUCUGCCUGGACCUGACGACUUCGAUGGUAUUCGAGAUAUCCUCCGCGGCAACCCUGCCCCAUCAAGCAAACAGGAUCUGGAGAAGAUCAAGAGCGAACAUGAACAACAGCUUUCUCAAAUGCAAGGCAGAUUAGAGCACCUGAAUUCGCAACUUCGAGGCGUCAUCACCGAAGCAAGCCAGACCCGAAGCCAGGCGCCACCGCCGGAACCGGCAAUAUCGCAAUCGCUAAAUCCCAGAGAGCGUCUGGACAGUACCGUCUCAAUUAUCGAAAGCAACAUGCGCACGCUAGAGCAAGGGCAGGCUACGAACCUCUCUCAAAAUGCCGUCGAAGACCAGCUUGAGGCGUUGAAUGCGCAGCUGCACCGGACUCUACAGAUCUCAGAAGCUGCAGAGCCGCUCAAAAGCCUUCCCUUACCGCCCCAAUCAAAUGGUCAAGGCUACCAGAACCAGCUUCAGUAUCUUGAACAAAGUCUUGUGACUAUCGACAAGUUACUUCGACACCACAAUGACGAGUUGCAGAAUGUGAAGCAAGCCAGCGGUACUGCGUCGCGAGAAAUGGAAGAUGCCAUGUCAAAGGGCGAAAGCCACGCAAAGAAGGCAGCGGAAUACGAGACUGUGCUCUCUGGUCUCUGGGAGAUUGUGUCCGCAGAACCGAGCGGACUCACCCCACGCGGCAGUGUCGAUGAUGGAUCCACCAGCGCAAGAAAUUCAAGGGGAGACAGAUCACCGCUGAAGGAAGACUUCUCACUUCAAGCCUUCAGCUCGCGGGUGCAGCAUCUGUACGACGUAGCGAACGGCGCGAGGGAACAGCAAGACAUCCUACGUCGGCAGAUCCAGCAACAGCGUGAUCUCAAUGGCAAGUCCGACAUGGAAAAAGAAGGACAAAUCGCCGAAAUGCAGAACCGAUACGACAAGCUGCAACAGUCAUAUGACGCCACCCAACAAGAUCUUGCCAAGGCAAUGGCGAGCCACGAGCAAGCUGAGCGUGAGGCGACUGAAACUCGUAACGAGAUGACCAACGUCAUGAACGAGCUCGAGCAGUUCAAGCAAACCAUCGACGAUACUCAGGCCAAGCAGAGAGACGUCGAUUCCCGCCACACACAGAUUGUUGCUGAGAAGGACGAGAUCGAGCAACGCCACACCGAGCUUCAGAAACAACUUGAGGAUCAGGAGUCCGAAGUUGUUCGUCUGAUGACCGAACUCACCAUCGCGAGGGCCGAGUUGGAGGCUGCACAUGGCACAAGGUCUGAAAGGCAGAAGGAAGCCGGCAUGCAGGUCGGAGAGAUGGACGCCCUGCAGAAGCUCAAAGACCAGGAGAUUGAGGAUUUGAAGAAGACUCAGGAGCAGCAAAUCGAGACGCUUCGCCGUGAAAAUGCCGAGCGCGCGAAGUUGCUGGAACAGGAGCUGCAAGACAUGACGAAUGAGUUCCAGGAAAUGACACGGGAGAGUUUGGAGUUGGAGAAGGAGCGCGGACAACUGGAUGGUUUGAUAGAUGGAUUGAGGGAUCGCUGUGACCAGUUGGAGGCGCAGCUCAACGAUGAGAAGAUCAAGUGGAUGGGGAUCAAGAGCCCUGGUGGAGCGCAGCAGGAUGGUGCGCCGAGAGAGACGACGAGCGUGAUGGUGCUGAGGCAGGAGUUCAAGAAGAUGAUGCGAGAGGCGAGAGCGGACGGUGUGCGGUUGUUGAGGGCCGAGCAAGAAGAACGCCGCAAAAUCGAAGCCCAACUCCGCGCCCUCCGUCAAGACAACGGGCCCAUGGGCCGCCACAACCGACAACUCACCGCCCCCGCCGGCAGCAGCAUCGCCUCCACCCACACCGCAACCGCAACAACAACAAACGGUGCCUCCACCACGAUGAGCCCCACCACCAACGGCGGCGACACUUUGAGUCCCGCGAGCGCGGCGAACCCACCCCAGCAGGGAGGAGGUUGA